AUGGGAGAAAGCACCAGUCGCCAGUUCGCUCAUCACAAGAUGCACAAAUUCAGCCUCUACGAGACUGCAAGUAGAUAUUAUGUGGUCGGCGUUGACAUUAGUGAGAAGAGAUACAGAAUUCUCAAAAUCGACAGAACUGCCGAAGGGACAGAAAUGAUUGUGACGGAUGACAAGAUAUCGUACAGCCUCAAGGAAAUCAAUCAGCUUCUGGAUACCAUUGACGACGGAAACAGAGGCACUGGUGGCAUCAAACUCCGUGGUACGACGUGGGGAAUAAUUGGCUUCAUAAAAUUCACCGGGCCUUAUUACAUGUUGUUGAUAACGAAAAAAUCCACCGUGGCGAUGAUCGGGGGCCAUUACAUUUACCAGAUCGAAGGCACAGAUCUCAUUCCCUUGACUCUGGGCAGGUCAAAGCCGGAUUCGCGAAGUCCCGAAGAACAAAGGUUUCUGGGUAUAUUGAACAGCUUGGACUUGACCAAGUCGUUUUAUUACAGCUACUCUUACGAUAUUACCAGAACGCUUCAACACAACAUAAUCAGGGAACGGUCGACUCUUCAAAAAGGGCUCCUGCCAUCGCCAGAUGAUGAUCCGAACACAAUGUUCAUCUGGAAUUCUUACCUUCUGGAGCCGGCUCUCAAUAGCCUUGCAGCCGCGCACGACUGGUGUCGGCCAAUCAUACACGGAUAUGUUGACCAAGCAGCACUUUCCAUUUACGGACGGACUGCACAUAUUACUGUGAUUGCCAGACGAUCGAGGCACUUUGCCGGAGCCAGAUUCCUCAAGCGAGGCGCAAAUAACUUGGGAUUUGUUGCCAAUGACGUAGAAACCGAACAAAUAGUUUCCGAAUCUCUCACCACUUCCUUCCAUUCCCCUGGAUCGCGCCUUUAUUGCAGUCCACAAUAUACUUCCUACGUCCAACACCGCGGCAGUAUUCCGCUGUAUUGGACACAGGACAGUACCGGAGUGACACCAAAACCUCCGAUAGAACUCAAUCUCGUUGACCCAUUUUAUGGCGCUGCUGCUAUGCACUUCAACGACUUAUUCCAACGUUACGGCGCUCCGAUAUACGUCGUCAACUUGAUUAAAUCCAUGGAGCGCCAGCCGAGAGAAUCAAAGCUUUUACAAGAGUAUACCGAUGCCAUCGACUACCUGAAUCAAUUUCUUCCAGCGGGGAAAAGGAUGAUCCACAAAGCAUGGGACAUGAGCCGCGCGUCCAAGGUCAGAGGAGGCGAUGUGAUUGGGAACUUGGAAGUCAUUGCGGAAUCAGUGGUGACUGCGACUGGCUUUUUCCACAACGGCGAUGGCAGAACUAGCCCCAUGAUGGCUCAAAACGGUGUCGCCCGCACAAACUGCAUUGACUGCUUAGAUAGGACCAAUGCUGCUCAGUUUGUCAUCGGCAAACGAGCGCUAGGCCAUCAGCUACACGCCCUAGGAAUUCUCGAUGACACCCGCAUAGGUUACGACACAGAUGCAGUCAACCUCUUUACCCACAUGUGGCAUGACCAUGGGGACACGGUAGCAGUUCAGUAUGGUGGCUCUCAGCUUGUCAAUACGAUGGAAACCUACCGAAAGAUAAACCAGUGGACGAGUCACUCCCGUGACAUGAUUGAAAGCUUCAAGCGGUACUACAACAACUCCUUUCUCGACAGCCAACGCCAGGAAGCUUACAACCUUUUUCUGGGGAAUUACGUCUACUCCAAAGGCCAACCUCUGCUGUGGGAGAUGACCACAGAUUAUUAUCUACAUCACGUUCAUCCGAAAGAUUUGUGUGCCAUGGAUUGCAGCAAUUACAUCAACUGGUACACCCCUUCUCAUCUGGAUCGAAGAGUAAUACCACGACUCGCGAGAUUGCCAGAUGCUGUAGCAAGUCAUUCGAUCGAUGUUGUGGAUGACUAUUGGUUAGAGUAUUACCGCCCAGCAACACUCUCAUCGUUCCCGAAAAUGUUUGCAUACAAAAUGAACUCAACCAUUAAAUACAUACCUUUGAGGUCAGCACAAGAUGGCCGCUAUGACCUCAGUCCCUUCCGGGUCCGCAAUGACCUCGAUGUUGAGUCCGAUAAACGAAAACGGAGAGAGUCUUUGAUUAGUGACAACAAUUUUGAACCUCUCCGAGGCGACCAAGCCGAUGAUGAUGUAACUUCAGUCAUGACUACAACAACCGCCACGAAAGGUGCAUCUCUGCAACAGUGGCUUCAACCGGUGCAAGAAACAGCUUCGCUGCGAACCGACGCUUCUAGACUGCAUUCGCUUUCCGAUGACGAAGGUCCCGCACUCGGCAAAUCAAAACCAACGGCACUAGAAAAAUCAAACGCUGCGCAAUGGACUUUCACAAAGGCUGUUCAUGAUUCCCUCAACCCGUCUGUCAAUUCUCAGGAGGCGGAGGAUUACGGUCGAUAUAUUCAUCACCCUCAAAAUCUUCCGCUCGUUGUCUCCAGUGACGCCCCGGCCAACGUGGAUUCCUCUGAAUAUCGGGAAUAUAUUAAUGGAACCAUACGGGAGCAAGGGAUAAUGAUUAUACCGUUGGACGAAGACAAAGACGUGUAUCGUGAACUCUUAAAAGUUAACGAAAACCCACUUACUGUGACAGAAGAGGAUGCGACGAAAAAACGUUACAAGGCUUACGGGAAAUGGCUUCACGGUAAAUCGUUCUUCAAGCAACAGCCUCUGGAUUGA